AUGCCGCCUAGAGCCUCCCACCAACAUGCCUCUUCUUCCACCUCGCACGAGCCAGGCGACUUCGACGACCAGGCAUGGGGAAUAGAAUCCGACGACGACGACUUUGUCUCCCGCGUCGCCCCCCGCACAAACGUGCCUCGCAGCCUCAAGAGCAACUCGCGGUCCUCGAGCUAUCUCUCCCAGUCCAGCCAACAACAGGCAGGAUCCCCAGCGGAUUCCCGUUCACCUUCGCUGCCCCGGCCCGGCGCGUCGACACCAGCCAUCGCCAUCGCCGUCCCGAGCCGCUCAAGCGCGGGCUCGGGCUCUUCGACCGCUGCGAAUGCGAUCUCAACGCCGGGCAGACCCCCUUCGCAGUCGCCGGCAGGCAUCAGCGCCACCGCCGAUGGCGAACCCUCGAGCCUGCACAGCACGUCUUCCGGUCAGCGCGGCACCAGCUGGACCAUGGUCGACAACUUCGCAGCCCGAGGCAGCUCACCAGCGAAUGGCGGAACCGAGGCGCCCAUAGUGGGAAGUCCGCCAACCGACGUGGCAGUCGACCUCAGAAGAGAUGGCAGCGGGACAGGAAGCGGCAGCGGGUUCCAGCUCGUGGCGAGCGAAGAAGCGGCGACGGGGGAGGGGACAGCGGGCAGCGAGGCCGGUCAGAAAGCCGCAGGCCGCGCGCAGGUGUAUUCGUCUCAAUCGGGAGCCUACCGGGAUACGAAGCAAGACGACAGCGAUGUCGAGGCAGAAGAAGUCGACCUGAACACCGGCAGGACGGUUCUCCGAAAGCGGUCGGCGAGACGUAAGGCCGAGUCAGGCAAGAGCGAGGCCGAUGCUCUGACCGGGGCGAUCCGUCCGGACCUCGACCAUCUCAUCAAGGACCCCACGCACGCCCUGGCGCGCCUCUCGCUCUGCUGGACCGGCCCUUCGAGCAGCGGCGACACGCCCAUGACCGAAGCCGGCUCUGCGCCCGAUUCGGCCACGAGCGAGAGGAUGGCAAUAGGUAUCACGCCGUCAGCCAGCACCGACUUCCAGUUCGACCCGGUCGCUGCGGCCGGCGACGGCCUCAUCAUGGCUGGGCCCAGCUUUGCCGAUGCCGAGCCGGCCGGGCAGAACGGGGUGGUGACGUCGAUAUCCGGAAGCAUCGUGCCGGUGACGACCCCAGGCGGCCUGGGCAGCACGGUGCCGAACCGCAAAAGGAGCAUCCGCACGUCACGAAGAAGGCAGCAGCUCCUCUCCUGCCUGGGCAAGCCCAGCAUCGACAUCUCGGUGCUGCGGUCGCUCGCCUGGGCAGGAGUACCCGACGAGCUCAGGCCGGUCGUGUGGCAGCUGCUGCUCGGCUAUCUUCCGACGGUGGCGGCGGUGCGGGCGCAGACGCUAUCGCGCAAGCGGGCCGAGUACGCGUCGGGCGUCAAGCUGGCCUUUGCCAAGGGCAUCGCCGGCCUGGACCAGGCCAUCUGGCACCAGAUCCACAUCGACGUUCCGCGCACCAAUCCGGGCAUCCGGCUGUGGCAGCGCGAGGCGACGCAGCGCGCCCUGGAGCGCAUUCUCUACGUCUGGGCCAUCCGCCACCCGGCGUCGGGCUACGUGCAAGGCAUCAACGACCUCGCCACGCCCUUUUUCGAGGUCUUCCUCUCGGCCUACAUCGACUCGGACCCGGAGAUGUACGACGUGUCGCUGCUGCCGCCCGAGGCGCUCGAGGCGCUCGAGGCCGAUACGUUCUGGUGCCUGUCCAAGCUGCUCGACGGAAUCCAGGACAACUACAUCUUUGCGCAGCCGGGCAUCCAGCGGCAGGUGAGGCGGAUGGGCGAGUUGGUGGCCCGCAUCGAUGCUCCGCUCCAUGCACACCUGCAAGCGCAGGGGGUCGAGUACAUGCAAUUCGCCUUCCGGUGGAUGAAUUGCCUGCUGAUGCGCGAGAUGAGCGUACGCAACAUCAUCCGCAUGUGGGACACGUACCUGGCCGAGGGACAAGAUGCCUUUUCCGACUUCCACCUCUACGUCUGUUCGGUGUUUCUGCACAAGUGGAGCAAGGAGCUCAUGGACAUGGACUUCCAGGGCAUCAUCAUGUACCUCCAGAGCCUGCCGACGCAGGGAUGGUCGGACAAGGACGCAGAAAUGCUCCUCAGCGAAGCCUUUAUGUACAAGACGUUGUUCGGCAACACGGCGCAUCUCAACAAGUAG